CAAAAGUUGUGUUUCCUAAAGGUGCAAAGCAGAACUCUUCAACCAUUGUAUCAUUCACGCACCAAUAUGAGUUGGGGUUGGACCAGGGGUUGGUCAGUGUUAAUCUUUGGAUUCUGUGAUUAAUAUAAAACCCACUUACACAAUCAUUGGUUAAGGGCUAGGCCUCAACAAACCUUUGAGACACAGGGUGAUUAUGAAUUGUAACAGGGUUUCAGUGUGUAAAGGCUUUGACAAUUAAAAUAUGUGAGCAUUUUUGUCUGUAAAACAUACAAAGAAAAUAUAUAUAUUCUUUACAGCUUGCAGAGGGAAAGGGAGAAAAUGGAAUGUAUUUGUGCACCAUUUAAAUCACCUGGUAUAUUUAAAACACCAGCUAAUAUUAAAGUGUCAAAAGGCAGACUCGAUGGUUGAAGGAAGGCUCCUGCAUGUUGAACAAACGGGGUCCAGAACUUCAGCAACAUUGGCUAUUCAGUAAAAGCGACAACAUUUCAGUUUCUGUAUUUUGGGGGGAUUAGAUUUUCCAAUGGGUUAGUGUAAAAAGUUUUGAAAGUGUAACACUGAAUCUCCAGUAUCUGUUCUCAUUUCGUUUCAACAGUUCAUUCACAUGAUAAACAUUUGUUGUGAUAAACGAUGAGAAUAAAAGGGAUUAAUGUAUUGCUGGUGUUAUAUAUGCAAAAUAGAUCCCUAUUCUCUAAAACAAGGAACUGAAAGAACCUUUUGUGUCAUGAGUAUAAAAGCCACUCAGUGACAUUUAUUUUAGACAUUAUCCUCCAACUUUAACGCAGGUGUAGAGACAGAAAAGGUCAAUCAAGCAACAAUGAAUGACUCCUUUAAUUACAGCCUUGUUGAAGAUGAAGUCUGUGACAAAGAUGAUCUAGUCAGAGUCACAUCCAUCGCCAUUCCUGUUUUCUUCUCUGUUGUGAUCUCACUGAGCCUCACAGGAAACAUCCUUGUUCUUGUCAUCCUGGCUCUGUAUGAAAAGAUGAAGUCCAUAACCAACGUGUUCAUCCUGAACCUGGCCAUCUCUGACCUCGUCUUCACCGCUGGUCUCCCUUUCUGGGCCUUCUACCACAUCUGGGGAUGGCUGCUUCCAGAUAUUCUCUGUAAAAUAGUGACUUUUGUCUUCUUCAUUGGAUUCUACAGCAGCAUUCUUUGUCUAACUAUAAUGACCAUGUACAGGUAUGUGGUUGUGGUUCACCCUCUCUCUGAACUCAGCACAAAAAGACGCUGCACUGGCUUGUUUCUGUCAGUACUGAUGUGGAUGAUCAGCAUUGGGGCGGCCAUGCCCUCCCUGCUCUACAGCUCAGUCAUCCAGAUCCCACACAGAGAGUCCUACUCCUAUGGCUGUGAAUAUGAAGACACUUUGUGGGAAAUCAGUCGCAUCUCCCAACAGAAUAUUUUUUUCUUGCUUGCCUUUGCAGUGAUGGGUUUCUGCCACAUUCAGAUUCUAAGAAAGAUCACACAGAGGAGAUCCCACACGAAGAACAGAGCUGUGAAGCUAAUUUUCUGCAUCGUUGCUGUGUUCUUCAUUGGCUGGGUUCCGUACAACCUGGUCAUCUUACUGAAGACUCUGUCCGACAACAUGGUGGAGCCAUUUGACUCCUGUAAAGUGAGCAAACAGCUGGAUUAUGCUUUCCAUGUGUGUCGGCUCAUCGCUUUCUCCCACUGCUGUCUGAACCCUGUCUUCUAUGCAUUUGUCGGUGUGAGGUUCAGGAGCCAUCUGAAGUCACUGCUGCGUCACAUGUACAGGCGGAAAAGUCGGGUUGAUGAACAGCAGGUUGGAUUGCAGAACCUCGCCUCACAAGGAUCAUUGUGCUAGUUCAGUGUCAUUUGCAUUUUAUUUUGUAUGGCUAUUUUGUAUUUACUUUGUUUUGUAAGUUUCACAAAUUAAUUAUAGGACAUUAGUUAGUUCAUUUUGAAAGCCAUAAUAUUUAGUAAAUUCUUCUUUUGUCAUUUCUUGAGAGGUAUGUACAUUGUUUUCUUGUUAAUUACUUAAUGUUUUUAAGUAAAAUGUUUUUACAUUGACUUGCUGAGUGUAUUGUGUCAUAUUACACUCUGUUUUGAACUGUUUUGAACUGUUUGAUAUUCAAUUGCGUGUUAUUUUAAAAGAAAAUUGUAAAACUCUGUAACACUGUAAAAAAAAAAGUGCUCUUUCAUUUGUGCCAAUAAAGGAACAGCAAAUGAUUUUACCAGUAACUAAAGAUUUUAUCAUCAUCAGCACUGAAAGUGUAUAUAUUUUAAUGCCACACCCUGUAUUUAAACCUUAUAGUAUAUAAACUGACAAUGCUCUAACAAUAUAAUUAAGGAAAUAUAAGAAUCUAAACAUAUAUGAAGAAAUAUUUUCCUGGCAUCAAUUCAAUUGAUAUUGAAUUAUUUUUCAAAUAUUUUUCUAAAUUGUUACCUGAUUUCUAUUUUCUUUCUCAGCAAUAUAAUCAUCUGGACAUUUUCCAAUAUGAACACCCUCCCUUUGUUAUUUACUUUUUUCUCAUUUUCUACUGAUGCCAACAUAAAAAGGAAAGCUUCCAUUUAUAUCACUGCACACUGACUCACUCAUAAACCAAAGAUAAAUGUUGCAGAUAAGACAUCAAGGACAAUCAAGCAGUAGGUUCAGUCACAGAGAAUGUAAAACUAUAAUGUGAUUUUCACAACAUUUGCUUGUGUCAGGGGAAGAUACACCCUACAUUUACUUAACCUUUUCCUACUUCCUCAUUCUAGUCACUGUGAGGUUGUGUUCGGUCACACGUGAUCUCACAAACAGUACCUGUCUAUGGAAAGAAUGCUCUCUGCAAAAAAGGCUCAUGCAUUCAUCAUGAGGUCAAUGAAAGUGACAGUUGCUGCGUCUUUUUGUUAACCCUUUUGUUUAUCAAUAAAAAAAAACUUUCUGACUGAAAAUAAAAAAAUGAAAACCUAAA